GUUUAAAAAUGGACCAUCGCAGCUCGUCGCCAUUCCUUCAAAUUUUACCACCAGAUGAAGUUGAAAAACUUCUCCAUUCAAUGAAACAGGCUAAAGAGGAAUUGGAAACUUUGGGAAACGGAGACGAAUCGCUUUUCCUUUGCCCUCAGAAGAUCACACACUGUUCCACGGUUUCUUGGAAACCAAACAAUGUGCUUGCUCCAGCGCUCCCGAAACAGAAUGCACUGAAUUUCAAUGGGAAUGAGCAGUUGUCACAUGAAAAUGAAGCCCACUCUGAAAUCCCCAGCUUGCUCACAUUUCAAGAAAAAGGAGAAGAAGACACUGUUGAAGUCACUAGAGAUAACUACAAUGAAAUCGACACAGUGGAAGACUUCCGCUCAAUUGAACCGGCGUUGGAAAAUUCACCGAAAAUUCUUGUUGACGAUUCUAUGGAAGCAACUCAAACAUUUAUCGAAGAGACGAAUGACUUUCAAAACGAUACUGUGCACAGUCUUGAUGGAACACUUGAGAUUGAAAAUCGUCGAUUGUGUCUCUUGGGCAUGCUGGUUGAAAUGAAGGAAAUUUGCAAAUCUGUCAAAGUUGAUCUUUUGCUAAAUCUCAUUCCAGACUUGGCGCCGGUUGCUGUCCAGGCAUGUAAUUCUGCGUCGUCACUUUCCCGCAAAGAAGCCAUUUAUUGCCUUGUUUAUAUGGUCAAACAAGUUGGCGCAGAGGAAAUGGAAAAGUAUUUGGAACCACUUACCACCGCCAAGCGAACACUGCUCCAGAUCUAUAUCGAUCGCUCUUCCAAAGAUGAUAGCAAGUAAACCCACAAUUCGUUACAUUGUACCAAAACUAAUCGUUUCGCUUCUUAUUGUUUCAGUUUUUAUUGCAUAUUCUCCUUAUCCACAUUCAACUCUUAAAACCAAAAGUCACUUAUUAUUUCGGGUUUGUCUAAAACUGUUUAGUUUCAACGUGUGAAAAUUGCAUCCGGUUAUUGCAUUUAUGUAUUCCUAUAAACAAAACGAGUUUUAGUCAUAGGCCACCUUUUAAGUUGAACUGAAUUACUCGAAAAGCGUUUAUUGAUGACUGUUUUACUGACACUAUAUCACUUUCAUAUUUCAAACAAUAAAACUUUCUAUGU